GCAAUGCAUGACUUUUCAUACUUUGAUUAUAUAUUACUAUUCUUUCUGUAACCAAAGUAUUUUGGUUGUCCUUCCUUCACAAAUAAUCUACAUUAUUCCCAUUUCUCAUUUCCUAAUGUUAAAAGAAGCUACUCCAGUUGCUUGUUGAGAACGGCAGAUGACGAUUAGUAGAAUCUUUAUCAUUCUUUUCUUUUGGUUUCAGUUCCAAGGAAUCUUUAUUCAUUUUGUUUUCUGCGACGGAAGCUGCAUCCCUGGUGAAAGAGAAGCUCUUUUGCAGUUCAAGAAUGAUCUUACCGGUCCUUUAAACCGGCUGGAAUCCUGGUUUAACGAUAGUGAUUGCUGUAAAUGGAGCGGUGUCGUCUGCCAUAACGUGACUGGUCACGUCCUUGAGCUCCGCGUCACAAGUUUUUCUGAAGAUGAAUAUUAUGCCAGUUAUGAUGAUGAUGAUGAUGCUCCUCAUUAUAGGGAGUAUGCAAAGAAAUCAGUAUUUGGAGGUAAGAUCAAUCCAUCUUUGCUAAACUUGAAGCACUUGAAAUAUUUAGAUCUCAGCUACAAUAAUUUUGGAGGAAUUCCAAUCCCAAAAUUUCUGGGCUCUAUGACAAGUCUAAGAUACCUUAAUCUUGGUGCAGCGGGAUUUGGAGGAACUGUACCUCAUCAAUUUGGUAACCUCUCAAAUUUACAGUACCUAAAUCUCAAUGGAGAUGAUUACUUUUAUCAUCCUAGAUAUGUUGAGAGCUUACGUUGGCUCUCUAGUCUUAGAUCACUAGAAUUCUUUGACCUGAGUUAUGUGGACCUUAGUAAAGCUUAUGAUUGGCUAUACGUGUUAAAUACGCUUCCUUCACUUGCGGAAUUACACUUAUCAGGCUGUGAUCUUUAUCCAAUCGAUCAUCAUCUUCUCUUGGUUAACUUUUCAUCCCUUGUGAUUCUUGAUUUAAGAGGUGCUUUUCAACCCCAGGAGGUCUUAGUUCCCCAUUGGAUUUCUGGCAUUAAAACUUUGACUUUUCUUGAUCUUGCAGCGAAUGAUUUUCUUGGACCUAUACCUUUUCAUAUUCAAAACUUGACCUCGCUGAUACAACUAGAUUUAUCAUAUAAUGAGUUCAAUUCUUCCAUACCAGAUUGGUCUGUUGCUUUUUUCCAACUUCAGUUUCUUCGCCUUCAUUCUAAUCUGUUAGAUGGUAGAAUACCAAGUAGCAUUGGAAAUUUGACUUCCCUCAGUACCAUUGACUUGUCGAAUAAUUAUGGACUCAAAGGAGGAAUUCCAGCAUCAUUCAAAAAUCUAUGCAAUUUGAGGUCACUUAAACUAUCAUCUUUGCCCAUGUUCCAAGAGAUUAAUGAGGUCCUUGAAAUUCUGUCAGCGUGUCUCUUCCGCAAGCUAGAGUCAUUGGUUUUGGAUUCAUGUAGCUUAUCAGGUCAUCUCACUAAUCAUCUUGUGGAAUUGAAGAAUCUAGUCAAAUUGGAUCUUAAGAAUAAUUCAAUUUAUGGUCAAAUUCCAGAGAGUUUAGGGGAGCUGAAUUCUUUGAGUUACCUCGACCUAGGGAGCAACAACUUGAAUGGGACACUCCCAAGCAGUUUUGGAAUGCUUGAAAAUUUACAAAAGAUAGAUUUAUCACAAAAUGCAUUAGAGGGUCAAGUUACUGAAACUCAUUUCACAAAGCUCAGAAAUCUAAAGAGCUUCAAGGCAUCUGGGAACCGUCUAGUUCUAAGAGUUAGCCCUGAUUGGGUUUCUCCUUUUCAACACAUUGAAGAAUUAGAGUUAGAGUCCUGGCAUGUUGGCCCUUUGUUUCCCGCAUGGCUUCGUCCGCUUCAACAUUUAAACACUGUCGACUUGGCCAACUCCAAAAUUUCAAGUCCCCUUCCUAUUUGGUUCCUUAACAUGUCUCUCUCAUCCUUUGUUAUCAAUCUUUCUCAUAAUCAAAUGCAUGGAAAUAUUCCAUACAUCAAUUUGAGCUCUAGCGGUCCCAUUGAUUCUGAAGGUUCAUACAUUGACUUGAGCUCAAACCGGUUUGAAGGUCCACUACCUCAAGUGUCUUCCAAUCUCACAGUUUUGGAUCUUUCCAACAACUCAUUUUCAGGGUCAAUAUCUAACUUCUUAUGUGGUAGCAUGCAUGAGAUAAAUGCUAUGGCUUUCCUUAACCUUGGGAAAAAUCAUUUAUCUGGUGAGAUACCCGAUUGCUGGGAGAGCUGGAAGAAUUUAAGAGUCCUUACACUAAGCGACAACAAUUUCAGAGGAAAAUUCCCUGCAUCAAUUGGAACAUUAAGCAUAGUCGAGUUUUUGGACAUCCACAACAAUAGUAUGUCAGGUGAAAUACCACUGUCAAUUCAAAAGUGGAGCUACUUACAUAUACUUGACUUGCGUGACAACCAAUUUACAGGAGAUAUCUCAACAUGGAUGACAGGUGAACAGCUUCAUCAGUUAGUAAUUCUCAAUCUUCGUCAAAAUAAAUUCCACGGUCAGAUAUCCAAAAAACUAUGCCACAUGACCUCUUUACAAAUUUUGGAUCUUGCCUAUAACAAUCUCAGUGGAACUAUACCGAAAUGUAUCAGUAACUUGACUGCAAUGGAAACAGGACAGGGUAGUCAAAAAUGGAUCCAUAGCUGGGACAUGGGUGCAUUGAGAGUUAUAACGAGUUCUGCCGUUAUGAGUAAGGGAAGAACAAUGGAAUAUGACAGUAUUCUUACUUAUGUAAGAAGUUUUGACCUUUCAAAUAAUAAGCUAUCUGGAGAGAUUCCCGAAGAAAUAACAAGCCUUGUACAACUACAAUCUUUGAACUUGUCGCAUAAUCUUUUAAAUGGGAGAAUUCCUGACGACGUGGGGGCUAUGAAAUCACUGCAAUCUCUUGAUUUUUCUCAGAACCUGCUUAUUGGUGAAAUCCCACAAAGCAUGUCAAGCUUAUCAAGUUUGAGCCACCUAAACUUAUCCUACAACAAAUUGUCAGGAAGAAUUCCUGAAAGCACUCAGUUAGGAAGUUUGGAGGCAUCAAGUUUCAUCGGCAACAACCUUUUCGGGCCACCGCUUACUGAGGAAACGAGAAACACUCGUACUGUUCAGACUGAGAAAGAAAGCAGAACAACAGGCGAAGAAGCUGAAGUGGUGGAUUGGUUCUACUUGUAUGUGAGCAUUGCUCCAGGAUUUGUGGUAGGGUUUUGGGUUGUAGUGGGUCCUUUAGCUUUUAACAGACGCUGGAGGGAUUUAUAUUUUGCCUACUUAAAUCAGUUAUGGAACAAAAUUUUGGAAUUCUUUAAUUGUAUGUUAUAAUAAAUUAAAAUUUCAGAGCAUAAAAUCUGAUUUCCAGGUUAAUCAUGUUAA